AUGUGUGAUCUCAUCACAUUCACUCUACACUCAGCAAAUGUGAAGUUUAAUUACUUGUGUGUUGUCUCAACACACAUAACAGUGGACAAAGAUGUCAACGAACAAGUCAACAAAGAAGUCAACAAAGAUGUCAACAAAGAUGUCAACGAACAAGUCAACAAAGAAGUCAACAAAGAUGUCAACAUAGAUGUCAACAAAGAUGUCAACAAAGAAGUCAACAAAGAUGUCAACGAACAAGUCAACAAAGAAGUCAACAAAGAUGUCAACAUAGAUGUCAACAAAGAUGUCAACAAAGAAGUCAACAAAGAUGUCAACGAACAAGUCAACAAAGAAGUCAACAAAGAUGUCAACAUAGAUGUCAACAAAGAAGUCAACAAAGAUGUCAACGAACAAGUCAACAAAGAUGUCAACAAAGAUGUCAACGAACAAGUCAACAAAGAUGUCAACGAACAAGUCAACAAAGAUGUCAACAAAGAUGUCAACAAAGAUGUCAACAAAGAUGUCAACAAAGAAGUCAACAAAGAUGUCAACAUAGAUGUCAACAAAGAUGUCAACAAAGAUGUCAACAUAGAUGUCAACAAAGAUGUCAACAUAGAUGUCAACAAAGAUGUCAACAUAGAUGUCAACAAAGAUGUCAAAAAAGAUGUCAGCAAAGAUGUCGUUUUGUUAACUUCAUGUUAG